AUGGAUCAGCAACUUACAGACAAGAAUAAUGCCUCUCACAAUGGGAAACCAUGUUCAGUUGCUAAGUUCAAAUUUGAAGUUAAACACAAAUCAACCAGACAGAAUGUCACGUGCUUUCUGGUGCUCACAAUCCUUGGGGCAGCCAUGGGAUCCCUGCAGUUUGGUUACAACGUUGGUGUCAUCAAUGCUCCAGAGUCGCUAAUCAAAGAGUUCAUGAACGUCACCCAACACCGGCGCCACGGGUCCGGCAUGACGGAUGAGACGGCGAGAAACCUCUGGGCUCUGACGGUGUCCAUCUUCUCAGCCGGCGGUUGUCUGGGCGGUUUCCUGGCCGGCUGGUGGGCAACCAAACUGGGCAGAAAACUUGGAUCACUGGCCAAUGUCAUUAUCGGGGUCGUCGGCUCGGCUCUCAUGUUCGCCAGCAGACGUGUCGGCUCAUACGAGAUGAUCACAGUGGGGAGAGUCGUCAUUGGCUUUCAUGCAGGUAAAGAAAUCAGGCAGGUAAAGAAGUCAGGUCUCUACACUGGAAUAAGUCCAAUGUAUCUGUCAGAAAUUAGCCCCGCCAAUAUUCGCGGUGGUGUAGGGGUGCUUCACCAGCUUGCCAUUGUCAGCGGGAUUCUCAUUUCACAAAUUCUGGGAUUCCCCGAUUUGCUAGGUACACCGGAAAAUUGGGAUGUCUUGUUGGCACUUUUAAAAUUACGUGGUGAUGAAGAUAUAGAAGAUGAAAUCGAUGAAAUCAAACAGGAGAUGGUGUCAUAUUUCGAUCCUACAGCUGUUCAGAUCACCUUCUCUGCGGACGCCCAUGUUGAUUGGUGUUGUCAUGCAGUUGUCGCAGCAGUUAUCAGGAAUAAACGGUUUCUUCAAAUAAAAUCAAAUAACUGUUGUCGGUUCUCAAAGGAUGAAGCUUGGAGGGUCUUCUUCUACUCCACCAGCCUGUUUGAGGACGCUGGCCUGUCUAAGCCAACCGCCAAAUACAUCACCAGUGCCGUGGGUGGCAUCAUGGUUGCCAUGACAAUCAUCACAAUCCCGCUGAUGGACAGGGUGGGCAGGAGGACACUUCACCUGACUGGACUGGGGGGGAUGGCCGUCUUUAGCCUUGUUAUAACCAUCGCCCUGGCUCUACGUGGCUCCGUGUCGUGGUUUGAUGUGGCCAGCAUUGUCCUCAUGUUGCUGUAUGUGGUCUUCUUCGCUCUCGGUCCGGGUUCCAUCCCUUGGCUGAUCGUCUCAGAGUUAUUCUCCCAUGAUGCCCGACCUACGGCCAUGUCCGUCUGUGUGUUGGUCAACUGGGUUUCCAGUUUUCUGGUUGGGUUCGUGUUUCCUAGUCUCCAGGCUGGACUAAAGAACUACACCUUCCUACCAUUCACCGUGCUGUUGGUCCUGUUCUUUAUUUUCACCUUCUACAAAGUCCCGGAGACCAAAGGAAAAACAUUUGACGAGGUCACGGCCCUUUGGCGAAAUGACAGUUGCGACAGUCGCCGUGAAACGAACGCUAAACCUUUAUCCCGUAACAAAAUACACGAUGCUAAAUGGGCCAAAGUCUAAAAGUUAACAGGAAAACAACUGCAUCAAGUAUGGCAACCCAA